AUGCGCCAUGCCGCCACCGCACCGCCUCGCACGCGCCACCACCUGCCUCUCGCCACCACGCCGCCGCCGCCUCGCCGCACCCUCGCCGCCAUGCACCACUCCCUCCAUGCCACCGCCACUGCCUCUCGCUCCGCCGCCUCCUCGCUCCUGCACGCCGCCACCUCCUCUCUUUCUCUGCCGCACCCUCCCUCGCUCUCCGCACGCUUUUCCUCAUCUCUUUGCAUAUCUCCGCUCUCCGCACCGCACCUCAAUAUGCCGCCUCCGCCGCUCCGCACCACGCCGCGUCGCCGCCGCGCACCACCGCCACCACGCCACUCCGCUCCGCACGCCGCCAACCACUCCGCCAUAUCCGCCGCGCCGCCAUCGCCGCGCGCCUGCACGCCGCCACGCCGCACCUCACUCGCCGCCGCACCACCGCCGCAUCGCCGCGCCGCACGCGCCCGCCGCCAUCGCCGCACCGCCUCGCCGCCACGCGCACGCGCCGCCGCGCCCGCCGCGCCGCCGCAGAUGCUCCGCCUCUCAUCUCCUUUCUCUCCCGCGCGUCGCAAUAUGCGCCGCCAUAAAUAUGCCGCCGCGCCGCGCGCCGCCAUGCGCCGCCGUAUCGCGCCGCGCGCCUGCGCGCCAUCUCCGCCGCCGCCGCCGCGCCUCAAUAUCACGCCCGUCGCCGCGCAUCGCGCCGCCGCACUCGCCGCGCGCGCCAUCGCGCGCCGCGCCGCCGUCUCCGCCAUCGCGCGCCGCGCCUGCGCCGCCGCGCGCCGCGCCGCCGCCGCCGCCGCAUACGCCAUGCGCUCUGCGCGCUCCGCCGCAUGUCACCGCCGCCGCCUCGCCAUCGCCGCCGCGCUCAUCAUCCGCACGCCAUAUACGCGCACGCCGCCGCGCACGCUCCUCAUCGCCGCCUCGCUGCCGCGCCGCACCGCAUCGCUCCGGCACCGCACGCACCGCACGCCUCGCACGUCUCGCCGCCGCUCUGCGCCGCGCAUCGGAUGA